AUGAAUUUAAAGUUCAGAUCGGUACAAAGGAAUAAAACUGAAUGUGAACAUCUAGUGAAUGGUAGCAGUAGUGGAAAUGCACUUAUUUACCAUAUUCCGCCGAGGAAUUUACGCAACUUCUUUUGCAACUAUGUGAUAAAUGUCACUGGUAAAACGCAAGUCAGCUUGAGAUUCGCAGAUGAUGGGUUGCAGGCUACCGGAAAAGAAGUUGCCAAUUAUUUGGUGAUGUUUGAUGGUCCGGAUUGUAUGGCUGAAAGGAGUACCAUUAUAUUCGACGGAGACAGUGCACCCUACCUAACCAAAGGAAACGUGCUAACCGCCCUUUUCAUAAGUACCAGUGUGAACGCAAAGGAGAGAAUCACCAAUAGAUAUACUCAAAAGCAGUGCGGUUCCGAUGUCAAAGGAAGCAGUGGUAUCAUAUCACAAAUAAGAGAUGGAAAAAGCAAACUUUUUUGCAUCUGGCGAAUAACAGUCGAUCAUGGCAACAAAGUGAAUAUGCGGGUUACAAGCUGGUUGUUCCUUUACCCAGAUUCUUGGAUACGCAUUUUGGAUGGAAGCACAUGCGCUGCCGAUGAAGGGCUUUACGUAACCAGCAACGGCAACGAGGCUGUAACUUUGGAGUACCUAUCUACUACAAAUACAUUAAUGCUUGUUGCCGGAUCAUCAACUGCACAACCUGGUGAUUUGUUCAAGGCGUCAUAUACAAGCGUUUCAACAACCACCGAAAGUGAUGUGAUUGGCCAAACUAACACCGAGACCGGCAACGAAACCAUACUGAGCUCCGAAUUUCCGCAAAAUUACUGUGGUGGCGCUUUUUGCAAUUAUGCCAUAAAUGUCACAGCCAAAGCGCAAAUCCGCAUAAAAUUUACGGAAUCCAAGUUGGGAAUAUAUGGAGAUGAGAUUGGGGAAUAUAUACUGUUGUUCGACGGUCCAGAUUGCAUGGCUACACGGAUGGCCGUUGUAACGGAGAAGGACGACACGAUCCACAUUACCAAAGGCAACACACUAACAGCCCUUGUAAUCACAGACGAACAAGCGCCGCGCGGAAUAUUUAAAGCGGAAUAUGUCGAAGGAAAUUGCGGUGCCGAGAUAAUCGGCAAUAACGGAAUUAUAUCACGAAAAGGAGGCAGUAAAGGCAGUACACUGUGUAUCUGGAGAAUAACAGUUGAUGUUGGAAGGAAAAUAAAAAUUCGGUUGCGUGAGUGGUCGUAUUUAUUGUCUGGAUCCUGGAUACGUAUUUUGGAUGGCAGUACUUGCGGCGCCAAUGAGUUGCUCUAUAUCACCAGCAAUUACGAAGAAUUGCCAAAGGAAGAGUUCAUAUCUACUUCAAAUACCCUGAUGGUUGUUUUUGCACAUUCCGUUGCGGAGCCGGAAGAUUUGUUCGAGGCUUCAUACAAGAGUGAAGUGCACAGCAAAACAGAACAAGUGUGGUCUUCGGUUACAUUCACAACACAAACUGCACGGUUAUCCACACUAGCAGCCACAUCAGCGUCGUUGCAACCGGUUAUCAUUGUUGGAAUAUGCGCAACUGUCACCGCAAUAAGGAUAUUACACACAGAAACGUGA